GACCUUAGCCGGGCCCCGGCCCCCCCUCUGCCCGGCGCCGCCCAUGGCCGAGGCCCCCCCGCGCCGCCUCGGCCUGGCCCCCCCGCCCGGGGACGCCCCCCGAGCCGAGCUGGUGGCGCUCACCGCGGUGCAGAGCGAGCGGGGCGAGGCGGGCGGGGGCGGCUCCCCGCGCCGCCUCGGCCUUCUGGGCAGCCCCCUGCCGCCGGGCGCGCCCCUCCCUGGGCCGGGCUCGGGCUCGGGCUCCGCCUGCGGCCAGCGCUCCUCGGCCGCGCACAAGCGCUACCGCCGCCUGCAGAACUGGGUCUACAACGUGCUGGAGCGACCCCGCGGCUGGGCCUUCGUCUACCACGUCUUCAUAUUUUUGCUGGUCUUCAGCUGCCUGGUGCUGUCCGUGCUGUCCACAAUUCAGGAGCACCAGGAACUUGCCAACGAGUGUCUCCUCAUCUUGGAAUUCGUGAUGAUCGUGGUGUUUGGCCUGGAGUACAUCAUCCGCGUUUGGUCCGCGGGAUGCUGCUGCCGCUACCGAGGAUGGCAGGGCCGCUUCCGCUUUGCCAGAAAACCCUUCUGUGUCAUCGACUUCAUCGUGUUCGUGGCCUCGGUGGCCGUCAUCGCCGCGGGCACGCAGGGCAACAUCUUCGCCACGUCUGCGCUGCGCAGCAUGCGCUUCCUGCAGAUCCUCCGCAUGGUGCGCAUGGACCGCCGCGGCGGCACCUGGAAGCUGCUGGGCUCCGUGGUCUACGCGCACAGCAAGGAGCUGAUCACCGCCUGGUACAUCGGAUUCCUGGUGCUCAUCUUUGCCUCCUUCCUGGUCUAUCUGGCCGAGAAGGACGCCAACUCUGACUUCUCCUCCUACGCCGACUCGCUCUGGUGGGGGACGAUCACACUGACAACCAUUGGCUAUGGUGACAAGACACCGCACACGUGGCUGGGCAGGGUCCUGGCUGCCGGCUUCGCCUUACUAGGCAUCUCCUUCUUUGCCUUGCCUGCCGGCAUCCUUGGCUCUGGCUUUGCCCUGAAGGUGCAGGAGCAGCACCGGCAGAAGCACUUCGAGAAGAGGAGGAUGCCUGCAGCUAACCUCAUCCAGGCUGCGUGGCGCCUGUACUCCACCGACACGAGCCGGGCCUACCUGACGGCCACCUGGUACUACUAUGACAGUAUCCUCCCAUCCUUCAGAGAGCUGGCCCUCUUGUUUGAGCACGUGCAACGGGCCCGCAAUGGGGGCCUACGGCCCCUGGAGGUGCGGCGGGCGCCGGUACCCGAUGGAGCACCCUCCCGUUACCCGCCCGUUGCCACCUGCCACCGGCCGGGCAGCGCCUCCUUCUGCCCUGGGGAAAGCAGCCGGAUGGCCAUCAAGGACCGCAUCCGCAUGGGCAGCUCCCAGCGACGGACGGGCCCCUCCAAGCAGCACCUGGCGCCUCCACCGAUGCCCACCUCCCCGAGCAGCGAGCAGGUGGGUGAGGCCACCAGCCCCACCAAGGUACAGAAGAGCUGGAGCUUCAAUGACCGCACCCGCUUCCGGGCCUCCCUGAGACUCAAACCCCGCACCUCUGCUGAGGGGUGGCUCGGCAAGUGGUGGUCGGGGGUUGGGAGUGGCCCCCUUCUGCUGCCACCACUCGGGCCCCCUGACUUUGCAGAGGGCCCCUCGGAGGAAGUGGCAGAGGAAAAGAGCUACCAGUGUGAGCUCACAGUGGACGAUGUCAUGCCUGCCGUGAAGACGGUCAUCCGCUCCGUCAGGAUCCUGAAAUUCCUGGUGGCCAAAAGGAAAUUCAAGGAGACGCUGCGACCGUAUGACGUGAAGGACGUCAUCGAGCAGUACUCGGCCGGGCACCUGGACAUGCUGGGCCGGAUCAAGAGCCUGCAGGCUCGGGUGGACCAGAUUGUGGGCCGGGGGCCGGGGGACCGGAAGGCCCGAGAGAAGGGAGACAAGGGGCCCUGUGACACGGAGGCAGUGGAUGAGAUCAGUAUGAUGGGACGCGUGGUCAAGGUGGAGAAGCAGGUGCAGUCCAUUGAGCACAAGCUGGACCUGCUGUUGGGCUUCUACUCGCGCUGCCUGCGCUCUGGCACCUCGGCCAGCCUGGGCACCGUGCAAGUGCCGCUCUUCGACCCCGACAUCACCUCCGACUACCAUAGCCCUGUGGACCACGAGGACAUCUCCGUCUCCGCACAGACGCUCACCAUCUCCCGCUCGGUCAGCACCAACAUGGACUGAGGGGCUUCUCAGGGCGGGGCAGCACACGGCCAGCCCCUGGGCCUGGCGCUCGGACCCGCCCUCUGAGGCCUCCGGACUCCUCUCUUACUUGAACUUGCUCCCUUGUGGGGAGAGAGGCCACACGCAGUAUUGAGCUGCCUGAGUGGGCGAGAUACCCGCCGUGGGGGUGCCAGCGACCCAACCCACCUCAGGAGCGUGAGAUGCCAGGCCGCACCGAGGGCAGCCGCCGCGGCUGCCCCGCGGCCUCCUCCGCACCCCCCCCUCCCCCAGUGCCCUGCCCGUUCCAUCAAGGCCCGACACAGCCCGCCUGGCAGGGCCACUGUCCCGGGAGUGAGAAUGGGGCUCUGGGGUCCUGGGCCCUGACCCAGCUUCCAGCUAUGCAAGGUGAGGUCUCUGGCCCGCCCUUCGGACAGAGCAGGGAAACCCUCCCGCCAAGUCCCCGCCCCACUUGGGGGUGGGCCCAAGGUGCCCAUAGGUACCGACUAGCAAAGGACCCUGCCACGAGGCAGUUGGGCACCAUAUAUGCAAACUAUGUUAAAUAUGCAACUUUGGGGACCCCCAUGGGGUCCCUCUGCCCCUCCCUCCUUGGGAGAUGGGCCUCCAGCAGUAGCUGGUCUCAGGCUGCUUGGCCAUGACCCUCAUCCCUGUUCUUUGGCUUAUCACCCCCUCCUCACCCCGCAUGGGGCCUGUUUGUUUCUCCCUUUCCUCCCCAAGGGCAGUGCUUGGGCCUUUCUUCCAUUUUGCAGGGACCCUCUCCCAGAGGCUCCUUCUUCCUGCUGGAUGUCCACUUCCCUCCUUGGCCCUCCAGACACCUUUGACAGCACAAGUUUCUGUAUUUGCCCCCACAUCUCUCAUGGACAGUGCUCCCAUGGUCACACACAGUUUCCCCAGACAUGCAGAGAGUCUCUCACACUCACAGUGAUGCACACAACCACACACGCUUGGAGACACAAGCACACCGCCCCUCAGCCUCUCUUGGGCCUCUGCCGCUGAUGCCAGUGGGCGGGCCUUGCAGGGUGAUGUCCACCAAGAGGGAGCCUGCCACUCCAUCUGGGUAGGGGAGGGAGCUCUGAAGUGGCCCCAGGCCUCUCCAGGCCUCACCCCAGUUUUACCAGCUCCCCUUUCUCAAGAUCUACUUCUCACCGGUCCAGGAGCCCCAUCUGCUGCUUCUGCUGCUCCCAAGGGCCCUCCUUGGUGUCUGUACAGCACAACUCAGGCCUCGACCUCGGGGGCCUGGACAGCACUAGAAAGACCCCAGGCCCUUCCCCAGCGUGGGUACCAGGCCUGCUUCCACCUAGGCUUGUCCCCUUCCUAGUCUCUCUCGCUCUCUGGGACAAUAAUGAUGCAUUUAGCAAGUAUUUGUCGGGCACCAGCUGCGUACCUGGCACUCACACGCACUGUUUCCCCUCGUUCCACACCCCGCUCUCCACUUCAGUUGGCAGCCCCCCCAUACUGGCAUAAGUACCCCCCCCCAUCCACUCCAGGCUCCCAGCACCUCUUUGGUACUCCCUAUCCUCCUGUCCCUCUUUUGUGAAGCCAAUGCAGGUAGCAGGAGGGUGAUGGGUAGUGGACCAAUGGUGACCCUCUGUGGGGUGCCAGGGAACAGGGGCUCAGGCCCAGCUGCCUGCAUCUCACGACUGGGGACCUGCAUGCACCAGCGCCAGGGCUGGGGCUGGGUCUUCUCAGCCCCAUGGUGCCCAGCCUCUGCCCCAACAUACCCUCUGCAUGUGACCAUCAUGUCCUGGAUGGAACCUGUCCUGGCUCACCUCACCUGCACUGUCCCCAGACAGCUACCCUCCAUCCCCUCAGAGACAGAGCUGUGGAGAGGGGCAGGAGAACGGGAUUACCCUCUGACCAAAGGAGACUUGGGAUGAAGCCUUCUCUCCUUCCACGAUCAAGGUUCCCCCACCAACCCAGUUCUCGGAUAUGCAAGUACCUCACUUUGUUAACUUAUUAACUUAUUGGUUUCAUUAAAAUUUUCAGUAGGA